AUGGUUCGUUUAACACCGAUAUUACGAUGGAGUGAUUAUUUUAAUUUACCAAAACGAUAUGUUGAACGAGCUAAAUUCAAAGGAACAGUUAUUGAGGGUAACAUGAAUAUUAUACCACAUAAAACAAUAAAGUAUAAUGACCCAUGGGUAUAUACAAAUGAUCCACCUUGGACUGAUCUUGCUCAACGUAAAAAUGAUCCAAGACAAGGACAUCAACGUCCACAGCUUAUUGAACCAUUAAAAACUUGGGAUUUUUUUCGUGGAGAUAUGGUUGAAAUUAUGGUUGGUAAAGAUAAAGGCAAACAAGGAAAUAUUGCUGCUUAUAUUCGUGAAUUAAAUGCAGUUUUUGUAUCCGGACUUAAUUUAGAAAUUCAACGAAUAAGUGGUGGUGCUAUUGCUUCUAGUUCAAUUGCUAUAAAAGAAAAACCACUUAUAGCUCCACAUCAAGUAAAAUUAAUUGAUCCAUAUGAUGGAAAACCAUGUACUAUUGAAUGGCGUUAUACAGCUGAAGGUGAACUUGUACGUGUAUCAACUCGAUCUGGUCGAAUUAUUCCAAAAGCACCUGCAUGGGAAGAAAGUCACGAUUAUGCAAAAAAAUCUACUUAUAAACCCGGUCCUGAUGAUACGAUUGAUGCUGAACUUAAACGUGUUACAUUUGAACCUAAAUUAAUGACAGUUGCCGAAGAAUUAAUGAAAGCUAAUGGCAUUGUAGAGACUAGAAAACGUGGUCCUGUUUAUAUCUAUUAG